CAUCAGGACGGACAGGAAGUUGGGGCGUCGUGUUUUGGAAGUUUUUUUUUUUUUUUUCUGCAGCUGUAUUUUAAAGAUGGAGAAGUUUACCUGUUAAACUUAACGAAAAGAUUUUUCAGACUCUCGACGAGCUGGGAUUUACACACGACAGCAGUCCAGGUGAGCGUAAAAUGCCAGCAGUUGACAUUGCGAUCCCUGUUCAGAGUGAAUUCUAAUCUGUGUUCCAGUGUGACUGAUUUUAACGACAUAUUCCUGAAGGCAAUACUAUGAACGCGUUUGAUAUGGAUUAUUUUUUGUAUUGUUUCUCAACAAUCUGCGUGCAUACCUCUGUUUAUGAAAAAUAAAGACGUGGAGGCUGAAGCGGUGACAGGCAGUGGCAAGACCUUAGUGUUUGUUAUUCCCAUAUUGGAAAUCCUGCUAAGGCGAGAGGAGAAGUUGAAGAAAAUGCAGGUUGGUGCUCUAGUCGUUACACCAACACGAGAGCUUGCCAUUCAGAUCAAUGAAGUGAUGGAACAUUUUACUAGGCAUUUCCCACAGUUCAGGCUCAGCUCGCCGCUACCACCUUUGCGCUGACUCAAGACGGGCGAAGACGAACACACGCUGUCCUCCGAAGCGUGUGCCGUCAGCAGACCGCUUGUUUACACACUGCGGAUUCA